AUGUAUGUGGACCAUGAUGGUCAAGUAAUAGAAGAUUGGUUUGGUUUUGAAAUAGAAGAGGAGGGUGGAGAUGAUUCUUACGUUGAUGGUGGUGAGAAUGAGGAUGAAAUUGAUUACCUAACAAAUGUGGAUGUGGACUUUAAUGAGGACAUAAUCACUAUGAAUAGGACAAAGGGUGAUGAAUUUCUAAAUAGAUUAUGUGGCGAAGAGGAAGUGGGGAAUGAUAACAACAUAGAUGAUGAUGAUGAUGAUGAUGGGCAUGAAGAGGAUGCCAAUGUAACUCAACAACUUUCCAUUUUUAAUGAGUUAGUUCCAUUGAAAAAGCAUAUCCCAAUACUUGGUAUGAGGAAAAGAUUGUUGGUUAAGUGUUGCAAGGGUGAGUGCACAUUCAGGUUGUGGGCAUCUUGGAUGAGUGAUGAAUCAAGCUUCCAAAUUAAGUCUUUAAAGGCAGUUCACAAAUGUGCAAGGAACUACAAGUUAGGGUCCAUGGUCACUUAUGCUUGGAUAAGGAGUCAUUAUACAAGAGAGUUCUUACUUAGACAAAAUAUGAGUGUUAGAAAGCUAAGAGCAGCUGUAUCACAGAAUUUUGGUAUUCUUGUUAGUGUUGGUCAAUGCAAGAGAGCUAGGAAAUACGCACUCCAACUAAUAGAUGGUACCCUAGUUGAACAUUAUGCAAAGUUAUGGUCGUAUGCAGAAGAGAUUAGGAGAUUAAAUCCAGGUAGCAUUGUGAAGCUUGAUGUAAAUCAUAUGCCACAUGGGAAGAACUACUUUAGUAAGUUCUAUGUUUGCUUUGAUGCAUUGAAGAAGGGGUGGAAGGAGGGAUGCAGGAAGAUAAUAGGUUUAGAUGGUUGUUUCCUUAAAGGGAUCUACAAAGGGGAGUUAUUAUGUGAUGUUGGAAGGGAUGCAAACAAUAGGAUUUAUCCUAUUUCAUGCGCAGUAGUAUGUGUGGAGAAUAAGGAAAAUUGGAGGUGGUUUUUGGAUUUACUCAUUGAUGACUUGGGACUUAACUUGGGCUAUGGAUACAAUGUAAUAUCGGAUCAACACAAGGGUUUGAUUGAGGUUGUGAAAGAACUCCUUCCAUAUGUAGAGCAUAGGCAGUGUGCCAAGCAUAUUAGCCAAAACCUUAGGAAAAGGUAUAGUGGUGCCCAAUAUGAAAGCAUAUUAUGGAAGGCAUGUAAAGCAACAACAGAGGUAGAUUUUAAGGUUGUCAUGAAAGAUCUUGAAGUGCUAGACCCAAGUGCUCGUCAGUAUCUGAUGGACAAAGUCCCCAAAACAUGGUCAAGGGCCUACUUCCAACCAAGAAGAUGGUGUGAUGUUGUGGAGAAUGGAAUGUCAGAAAGUUUUAAUGUUGUGAUUGUUGAUGCUAGGAAGAAACCAAUUAUCACCAUGCUAGAGGAGUUGAGGAUGUAUAUGAUGGAGAGGGUGUUCAAGAAGAAAUGCAAGGAUGCUUAUGAAGUGGAUGUUGAAGAAGGAACUUGCUCAUCUAGGUUUUGGCAGCUUAAUGGAAUCGGUUGUGUCCAUUCAGUUGCAGCUAUUAGUUUUAUGAAUAGGGAUGUAGAGUCAUAUGUGGACAAAAUGUUUAGUAGCAUCACUUACAUGAAGGCAUACAAGUUUAGGUUAACACCUAUGAAUGAAAGUAAUUUGUGGCCUGCAAUUGAUUACACACCACCUUUACCUCUUGUUCGUAGAACUAUGCCUGGGAGACCUGCAACGAAAAGGAAAAGGGAUGCAACAGAAACCCCAAACCAUUCAAGUAAAAAAUCAAAGAAAACUACCCAAAUGCAAAACAAAGGUAAGGAGCAGGUGAAGGUAUCCAAGGCUGGGAAAAAACAAAAAUGUAGCCUUUGUAAGGUUGAAGGACAUAACAAAAGAGCUUGUACUUUAACAAGACCUCCUAAAACCAAAGCUAGUAGAAAAACAAAACAAGGUAUAGCUGAAGCACUCAAUGAGGAUGAUGAAGGUAAUCAAGCUAAUGCAAUGAAUGAAGGUGAUGAAGUGAAUGAGGGUGAUCAAGCAGCAAAUGAUGAUGGAGGAGAAGUAAAUGAUGCAAAUGGAGAACCUAUUCAGGUUCAUGUGCAAGAACAGGAGGCUAUAGAAACACCACUUGCAACCCUGUUAAAGAAAUUCAGGAGGAAGAAAUCUGAAAGGAUUAUCAAGUUGAAGCUGGGCAAGAAAGUUGGUGGUGUAGAUGCACCUUAG